GGGCCCGUCGGGGCAUGAGGGCGAGAGCACGGCGGGGGGGGGCGGCCAGACAGAGCGAGCGAGGAGGAGGAGGAGGAGGACGCCGAGGAGGAAGAAGGAGGAGGCAAAGAAAAGAAGCGGCGGCGGCGGAGGAGGAGGAGGAGGGAGCGAGGAGGCGCGCGGCCCCCCGCUCCCUCCCUCCCCCCCUGACCCCCGACCCCCGCCGGCCGGCCCCCCGCCCCAGCCCCGGAGGGAGCUCAUGGGAGUAUGAAGGAGAUGGUAGGAGGCUGCUGCGUAUGUUCGGACGAGAGGGGCUGGGCCGAGAAUCCGCUGGUCUACUGUGAUGGGCACGCGUGUAGCGUGGCUGUCCACCAAGCUUGCUAUGGCAUCGUCCAGGUGCCAACAGGACCCUGGUUCUGCAGGAAAUGUGAAUCUCAGGAGCGAGCAGCCAGGGUGAGGUGUGAGCUGUGCCCACACAAAGAUGGGGCAUUGAAGAGGACUGACAAUGGAGGCUGGGCCCACGUGGUGUGUGCCCUCUACAUCCCUGAGGUGCAGUUUGCCAACGUGCUCACCAUGGAGCCCAUCGUGCUGCAGUACGUGCCUCAUGAUCGCUUCAACAAGACAUGUUACAUCUGUGAGGAGCAGGGCCGGGAGAGCAAGGCAGCCUCAGGAGCUUGCAUGACCUGUAACCGCCACGGAUGUCGACAGGCUUUCCAUGUCACCUGUGCCCAAAUGGCAGGCCUGCUGUGUGAGGAGGAAGUGCUGGAGGUCGACAACGUCAAGUACUGUGGCUAUUGCAAAUACCACUUCAGCAAAAUGAAGACAUCCCGGCACACAAGCGGGGCAGGCAGCGGAGGAGGGGGCGGCACAGGGGGAGGCGGUAGCGGCUUCAUCGCUGGCCGGAGGAGCAGGUCGGCCUCGCCAUCCACGCAGCAGGAGAAACACCCUUCCCACCACGAGAGGGGCCAGAAGAAGAGUCGAAAGGACAAAGAACGCCUUAAACAGAAGCACAAGAAGCGGCCUGAGUCACCCCCCAGCAUCCUCACCCCACCUGUGGUCCCCACUGCUGACAAGGUCUCCUCCUCAGCUCCCUCCUCCUCCCACCACGAGGCCAGCACUCAGGAGACUUCUGAAAGCAGCAGGGACUCAAAGGGGAAAAAGUCUUCCAGCCAUGGCCUGAGUCACAAGGGGAAGAAGCUGAGCAGUGGGAAAGGUGUGAGCAGCUUUACCUCCGCCUCCUCCUCUUCUUCCUCCUCCUCUUCCUCCUCCUCUGGGGGCCCCUUCCAGCCUGCAGUUUCGUCCCUGCAGAGCUCCCCCGACUUCUCUGCAUUCCCCAAGUUGGAGCAGCCAGAGGAGGACAAGUACUCCAAGCCCACAGCACACCCCCCUUCGGCUCCUCCCUCUCCCUCAGCCCCUGAGCCCCCCAAGGCUGACCUCUUUGAGCAGAAGGUGGUCUUCUCUGGCUUUGGGCCCAUCAUGCGCUUCUCCACCACCACCUCCAGCUCGGGCCGGGCCCGGGCCCCGUCCCCGGGAGACUAUAAGUCACCCCACGUCUCGGGGUCCGGGGCCUCAGCAGGCACCCACAAGCGGAUGCCCACACUGAGCGCCGCCCCCGUGCCCGCUGAGGAGACCCCUGAGACAGGCCUGAAGGAGAAGAAGCACAAAGCCAGCAAGAGGAGCCGACACGGGCCAGGCCGUCCCAAGGGCAGCCGCAACAAGGAGGGCACCGGGGGCCCGGCCCUUCCCUCCCUGCCCGGUGCCCAGCUGGCUGGCUUUACCGCCACUGCUGCCUCACCCUUCUCCGGAGGUUCCCUUGUCAGCUCUGGCCUGGGUGGUCUGGCCUCCCGUACCUUUGGGCCUUCCGGGAGCCUGCCCAGCCUGAGCCUGGAGUCCCCCCUGCUGGGGGCAGGCAUCUACACCAGUAAUAAGGACCCCAUCUCCCACGGUGGUGGAAUGCUGCGGGCUGUCUGCAGCACCCCCCUCUCCUCCAGCCUUCUGGGGCCCCCAGGGACCUCGGCCUUGCCCCGCCUCAGCCGCUCCCCAUUCACCAGCACCCUCCCUUCCUCCUCUGCUUCUAUCUCCACCACUCAGGUGUUUUCUCUGGCUGGCUCCACCUUUAGUCUCCCUUCUACCCACAUCUUUGGAACCCCCAUGGGUGCCGUUAACCCCCUCCUCACCCAAGCCGAGAGCAGCCACACAGAGCCAGACCUGGAGGACUGCAGCUUCCGAUGUCGGGGGACCUCCCCCCAGGAGAGUCUGUCUUCCAUGUCCCCCAUCAGCAGUCUCCCAGCACUCUUCGACCAGACAGCACCCUGCGGGGGCGGCCAGUUGGACCCAGCGGCCCCCGGAACGACUAACAUGGAGCAGCUGCUGGAGAAGCAGGGCGAUGGCGAGGCCGGAGUCAACAUCGUGGAGAUGCUGAAGGCGCUGCAUGCACUGCAGAAGGAAAACCAGAGGCUUCAGGAGCAGAUCCUGAGCCUUACGGCCAAGAAAGAGCGACUGCAGAUUCUCAACGUGCAACUCUCUGUGCCCUUCGCCGCCCUGCCUGCCGCCCUGCCUGCCACCAACGGCCCUGUCCCUGGGCCCUAUGGCCUGCCUCCCCAAGCCGGCAGCAGCGAUUCCUUGAGCACCAGCAAGAGCCCUCCGGGGAAGAACAGUCUGGGCCUGGACAACUCGCUGUCCACGUCUUCCGAGGACCCACACUCAGGCUGCCCAAGCCGCAGCAGCUCGUCGCUGUCCUUCCACAGCACGCCCCCACCGCUGCCCCUGCUCCAGCAGAGCCCUGCUACUCUGCCCCUGGCCCUGCCUGGGGGCCCUGCCCCGCUCCCGCCCCAGCCACAGAAUGGGCUAGGCCGGGCACCCGGGGCAGCGGGGCUGGGGGCUAUGCCCAUGGCUGAGGGGCUGCUGGGGGGGCUGGCGGGCAGCGGGGCCCUGCCCCUCAAUGGGCUCCUGGGGGGGUUGAAUGGGGCUGCCGCCCCCAACCCCGCGGGCUUGAGCCAGGCUGGCGGGGCCCCCGCGCUGCAGCUGCCAGGUUGUCUCAACAGCCUCACCGAGCAGCAGCGACACCUCCUGCAGCAGCAAGAGCAGCAGCUCCAGCAGCUCCAGCAGCUCCUGGCGUCCCCACAGCUGACCCCGGAACACCAGACUGUUGUCUACCAGAUGAUCCAGCAGAUCCAGCAGAAGCGGGAGCUGCAGCGGCUGCAGAUGGCCGGGGGCUCCCAGUUGCCCAUGGCCAGCCUGCUGGCCGGGAGCUCCACCCCGCUGCUGUCCGCGGGCACUCCUGGCCUGCUGCCCACAGCAUCUGCCCCACCUCUGCUGCCCGCCGGAGCCCUGGUGGCUCCCUCGCUCGGCAACAACACAAGUCUCAUGGCCGCAGCAGCUGCGGCCGCAGCAGUAGCGGCAGCAGGCGGACCUCCAGUCCUCACUGCCCAGACCAACCCCUUCCUCAACCUGUCGGGGGCGGAUGGCAGUGGCAGUGGCCCCAAAGGAGGGACUGCUGACAAAGGAGCCUCAGCCAACCAGGAAAAAGGCUAAAUCCACCCAGGCUCCUGCUGACCCCCCAAGUGGAGGGGCAGAUCCUGGUUUGAGGGGUCCCAGCCUGGAGCGGGCACCUGUACCCAGACACUGGAGAGCCCCGGCCUAGAGCAUGUGCUGAGGCCCGGGGAGUGUGGGGUGUUCCUGGUGCCGAGGACUGAGACCGAGAGGGGAGCCCCUUCCAUCUGGCCCCCCUCCCCCUCUGCACUGGCCCCUUUGUGAGGGGCUCAGAAGGAGGACAGGCUCCAAGCCCGCCUAGGAGCCCCCACUCUCAGCGAAUGUUUUGAGGUUCCCCAGAGAGCAAAGUGGGCCAUGGCAUAAGUGGGGGGUUGGUUGAACCCGCCACGUAAAAUGGAUUAGCACUUGAGUGGGAUAAGUGGGGGGCUAGGCCCUGGGCCUGCCCCUGUGCGGAAGUCUUUUAUGGAAGAAGGGGUGGCCCUACUUGACCUGCAGUUUCUUCCCAACUUGGGCAGAUGGCAAGAGGGCUUCCUGGGACUGUUUCUCGCUGGGCCCCUUCCCCUGCCCCCGACAAGGGUCACAAGCUGAGCUUGUAAAAGCCCACAGACUAGGGGGCCGAAGAAGGGGUAGGAUAGCAUCAAAUUUGGCCCAAGCCUCCCUACCUCUGGGGGGUGGGCCCCAGUGAUGGGCUGGGGGAAGGCAGGGGGUGGGCGGCGCAGCCCCCUCGAUCCCCUGCCCCUUGUUUGCACUAUUGGAUUUAGGAGUGCCGAGGGUGGGGAGAUGGAGCUGCCUGACUCAGAGAGCGUGUAUGCGUGUGCGUGUGUCUGUCCAUCUGUCUGUCUGUCUACCCCUGGAGCCCGGGCAGCCGAGGGCAGGGAUAGGAGCAGUGCUCUGAUGAGGCAGUAUCAGAGGGGCGCUCCCAGGUCUUGUUUGCACCCUCUCACCUCACCAACUUUGGUCCCUCUCUGGGGCCCGAAUGGUUAACAAAAACCAGAACCGUACUCCAAUAUUGGAGAGUAACUGGGGGCUGGGGGCUUUGAAUCAGGGUAAUAUCCUGCCUUUCCUCCCCCAGACUCCACAUGGUCUCAGUGCCCCCUCAGCGCUCCCCUUGCCCCACUGAUACUUGGUCCUGCUUCCCUGGCAAAGGGGAGCCCCAGGGAUUGGGGGACGAGGCAAGGGGGGUUAAGUGCCACUUCUUUUAGUGAAACCUUCCUCCCAGGAUUAGCCAGCCUGCCUUCCUGCACUCCACCCCCACCCACCAGGGGAGACUUAAGCUUACGCUGACCUACAACUGUCCCUUCACCCACCAGCUAUUUCCCCGGGGUGUAGUGGGCAA